AUGCUUCUCACUCUCCCAACCGAGCUGGUCCAGCUCAUUCUUCGGAGCUGCGACCCUCCGACCUACCUGCAGAUGGCCUUUUGCAACCGCACUCUGUUCGCCAUUGCAUCGAAGAGCCGCGAUCUCAUCCUCCAACAGUUGUAUCAGAGUCCUGGUCGGAAUGAUGGGAUUGACUCUUAUACAUUAGAAGAACUUUUCCGACAGCUCAUGUCUCGAGCCCGUCAAGAGUUGUUCGGUGUUGAGCACGAUGGGGACCGCAAGCUCUUCGGUUUCCACGGCCAAGUGAUCGACAGCCGAGCCUCGACACUGGAGACUGCAGGUACCCGGGACCGCGUAUUGCUUGCCUUCAAAGGCCACAGGACUGUCUACCUCUUCAACGUCGGGGAUGGGGACCUGACCCUGGAGCGUCGCAUCAAGUCGCCUGCGAGUUGCUUUGGAAACGUCCGAGUUCUUCAUACUGCCUUCGAUCCUUACGGUAUCUAUGUGCUUCAUCGAUUCAAACCAUUCAUUGAUCGGGAUCUGGACACCGAGCAUCCUUUCGUCAAACAUGCAUUGCAAUCCAAUGCUCAUGGGAGCAUCUUCCUGGCCUACCAUAAACCGGGGUCUUCAACCAAUAAAAUCCGGCUCUAUGCCUUUCCCGACCAUAAAGAUUACGAACCCCUGGCUCUGGCUGUGCACGAGGAGAAGUUUGUCAUCUCCUGGCAACACAUAAAUCAUUCCAAUGACCAUCAAGUUGUUCAUUACACUGCAUCUGACGAAGACGAUAAUGACUCCGAAGAGGGGGAGGAGGAGGAGGAGGAGGAGGACGAAAAGGAAGACGAAAAGGAAGACGAAAAGGAAGACGAAAAGGAAGACGAAAAGGAAGACGAAAAGGAAGACGAAAAGGAAGACGAGGGAAGCGGAAACCAGGCCGAGGGUCGAGAGACGGGGAGUCCUCAAAUCACUUGUUCUUCUUACGAUUCAUACGUCCUCACAGAGGUGAACGAUGAGGGACUCAGCGAUGCCGCGCUAGAAGGAAAAGGACCAACUGUAAAAUUGGCCUUUAACGACCGAGGGUAUCAACUGCUUCACUAUUAUAGAGCUCACACGCUCUACAGCUCGUUCCAAAGGAUCCAGUUCCUCCCCGGUUUGGGCCAACAUCCCGGUGUGCGAAAUAAUGCGUGCAACGUGCAAUUCUCAGACUCACUCACGUUGAAUUUCUCAAUCGGAAUCCCCUUUUUCGGUACGCAUCAACCCGAUAGCGCAACACAGGGACUUCGUUGUCGCUGGAAAUACCUUGCAAUAGGAAUCGCCACCCACAGAGUGGAACAUUGGACCGUGGCAUGUCUGCUAAAGUCCGAAGCCGCCUGUAUGGCUCAGAACUGUGGACAUGUCCUGAACCUUGACCGCGGGAGACGGUAUGGCUCCUGGGAAAUCAUGGCGCAGCUCGGAGGAUUCCAAGAGUCGAGCACUUCUCACGGAUCUCUCAUUGCCACUUCCGUUCGCGGCACUCGUAUCGCCAUUGCCAGUUGGAAGAGCAUCUCCAUCUGGUCGCUGGAGCCCAACGUGGUGAUAGAAGCCGAGGAAGACUUUUACCCGGAGUUGUGGCAAUCACCUUACGGCUUUCCCGAGCUGAAGCCUGCCACAGUCCAACUCGAUGCCGUCUGUCACCAGCUGCGAUUCACGGAUAAAGAAGACGAGCUCGUUGCCAUCACUGACCGAGGGCUCUUGAUCAUGAAUCUCAGAUGCGACGGGAAGGGGGUACGGGUUGUGGAUAGUCGAAGCGAUUGGGUCGUGGACGAAGAAUCGGGGGAAUUGGAGCUGCGUGAUCAAGGAAGCCGACAAGGAACAUCCCCGAGAGCUGAGGGAUCGCUUUGA